AUGUUGCAGGAUGUUACACAAGCAGUAGAGAGCGCAAUUCAGCACCUUCUGACUGUCCCCAGCAGCAUAGAUCCAUACACACCUCCCAGAAGAAUCUUCACAGUCAUAGACAACACCCUCAAGGCCCCUUCUGGCUCAGGCAGCUCAGGCAACAAGGACUUCUUAGUCCCUAUCAAGGAUGAGCCUGACCCAAAAGGAAAAAGGGUCAAAUUGGAGUCACCGGAACCACCUAAAACAACCCCAAACACCUCCUGGGCAAUCCUACACACCCAGGAACACCUUGAUCCCAGCCCAGAGCAGCCCUUCAUCAGGCCAACACCUGUAGACCUCCCAAGCGCAUCUCAAGCAGCAACAAGAGAAACAAAUGAAGAAAAGGAGGCAAGAACGCUACACAACAUUGCUACCAUCAUGGGCAGAGCAUUAUCUGUCCCACUUCAGAGCACCUUCAGGGGACUGUCCCAAACUCCUGGUCCACACCAAGGGAAAUCAAAAAUCCCUGCUCCUGAGAAGUACAAUGGCAAGAAGGGCCCUGCAUCCAAAUCAUUUAUCCUGGAUUGCAAAACCUACUUCCUUAGCAAUGCUUUCUCAUUUCCUUCUGACCACAAUGGACAACCCAAGAAGUGGGGACAGAUCUAUUUAGAGAAGCUGCUGAAUGGGGAUGACAAGCCAACCUUGGAAUCAUGGGAUACAUUUGAAACAGCAUUCUUGCGCAACUGGAGCAAUCCAGCAGCAGCACAAAUUGCAGAACGGCGCCUGCGCAAGCUCAAGCAGCUGAAAUCAGCAAGCAAUUAUGCCACAGAGUUUAGAAUCAUAGCCAGCAAACUAGAAUGGUCAGACCCUGCCCUCAUUGCCUCCUUCCGCCAGGGACUCAAGGCAGAAGUCAGAAGCAAGCUAAUUGAGUACACCCUGCACAAGAACAUCACUGCACUAGACAAGUUUAUCUCCACUGCCUGUCUAAUUGAUGACACACUGUUUGAAGCAUGCAAGGAGCUAAGAAAGGAUAGCAACAGCAGCACCAGCUCACCACAACGCCCUGCUCAAGGGCACUCAAGCAAUUUUGUUUCCAAGAAGGUUCAGGAAGCAAGAAGAAACGCUGGAGAAUGUUCCAAAUAUGGGGAGAAGUCUCACAAAUGGGAGGACUGCAAGAAUGGAUGGUGCCUCAGAACAAUAGAACUCUCUAAGCCUGAAUCAGCAAAGGCUGCAGAAGUAGAAGAGCUAGAAGUGCUUCCCCAAGCAGGAAAAGUCUAA